GGAAGUUUAAAUGCUGAGUGCAAACCACUGUGAGGUGUGAGAGUCCUGAGAGUUACAGGGGAAGGACGCGGCGAUGGAGCUUUUCUCUGUGUUUGCCUCCGCUGUUCUGGUCAGUGUGGUCAGCGCUGGGAUCCCUCAUGAUGGAAUACACUGGACAUACCACGAGGGAGCCCUGGACCAAUUGCACUGGGCAACCAAGUACCCUGCGUGCGGCGGGAAGAAGCAGUCCCCGAUUGACAUCCAGAGGCGCAAGGUGAGAUACAACCCUGACAUGCUGCAGCUGGAGCUCAGCGGAUACGAUGAACAGAAAGGGAAUUUCCUCAUGACAAACAACGGGCACACAGUUCAAAUCAACCUACCUCCCACUAUGGUGAUCACAAAGGGCCUCCCAGGAAAGUACACAGCUGUCCAGAUGCACCUGCACUGGGGCGGCUGGGACCUGGAGGCCAGCGGAUCAGAGCACACCAUAGACGGCAUCCGCUACAUGGCAGAGCUCCAUGUCGUCCAUUACAACUCUGACAAGUACAACAGCUUCACUGAGGCCAAAGAUAAGCCAGACGGACUGGCAGUGCUCGCCUUUAUCUAUGAUGACGGGCACUUUGAGAACACCUACUAUAGUGACUUUAUCUCAAACCUGGAGAAAAUCAAGUAUGCAGAUCAGUCCAUGAACAUAUCGAGCCUCGAUGUGCGCUCCAUGCUCCCCGAGAACCUCAACCAUUUCUUCAGGUACCAGGGCUCCCUGACCACGCCGCCCUGCCACGAGAGCAUCCUCUGGACGGUGUUUGAUACACCCAUCACUCUUUCACAUAACCAGAUCAGGAAGCUUGAGAGUACGCUAAUGGACAUGGACAACAAGACCCUGUGGAAUGACUACCGCGUCGCUCAGCCUCUCAACAACCGUGUGGUGGAGUCAUCUUUCCUGCCACGUAUCGGGAAAGGAACAUUUUGUAGGCAAGAUGAGAUCGAGUCCAAGCUGCUGAAGAUCGAGGGGCUGAUAACAUCCCUUGGGAAGAGCAUGCACUCAGGUGGAUUUCGCAAUUCGAGGCCUACAAGCUACGACCCCAAUACUCUCUUUCCUUUGGUGCUCAACUUUGAAGAGAAAAAUUAUGGCGGCUAUGCUAUGGCCCGCCUCAACCGCCCCAUGGAGCUGGACUCCUUCACCGUCUGCAUGCACGUCCUGCCUAAAGUGGACUCGGUGUGCACCAUCAUGUCCUACUCCAGUAACGGCAACGACAACGAGCUCAUGAUCUCCAUCAUCGAGGACAGAGACGUCAAAGAAGUGGGCCUCUGGAUCGGCAACGAGUUCGUGAACCUGCCGCACAACUUCAGGUCCCGUGACUGGGCGAACUACUGCAUCACCUGGUCGUCCCACACCGGUGGGGCGGAGCUGUGGAUCAACGGCAUGGUGGGCGAGCAGCGGUACCUGAAGAGCGGUUACACAAUCAGCCCCGGCGGUGUGUUCAUCCUGGGAAAAGACCAGGAUGGGCUACUGGGAAUCUCCGAUGCGGAUGCAUUUGCGGGAAAGAUGACUGAUCUCAACAUUUGGGACUAUGUGCUGACCACGGCAGAUAUCCGGGACCAGAUGUCGUGUAACAGUAACAGCACCACCGGGGGGAACGUGUUCAGCUGGGGAACCACCAAACUUAGUCUGUACGGAGGCGUGCAGCUGGACAACCAGUACAGAUGCUCCUGAAAGAACCUGUGUCACUUCUGUUUGUACGGGCUUUAAAAAAUAAACUGCAAUAAACCAAAUUAUCACUGCUGAUGGUUGAUGAGGAUUUAAAAUGUUCACGAAAAAUAUAAUGCAUUUCAGGGACCUGUGUGUCAAUGUUUAAUGGAAAUGUAUGUUGCAGCUUCAGCCAUGUAUUGAAUUACUAUCUUUGCAUCAUUAAUAAAGGCUUACAAGAGA